AACCUUCGUUGAAAAUUCCAUUAAGCUGUCCAAGUAAUAAUGCAGACGUUUUCUCUUUUCUCUGGUCGAAGCACUACAAAAGCAAUAACAACCUUACAUUCAGCAUAUACUGUCAUGGACGUAGCAGCGGUUGUUGGAGUCAUUGGUUUACUAUUAAUUUCUUACUACGUGUUCUUCUCCUUCAUCAAGAGGGGUGGUGCAGGCCAUGGUCGCAAGCCACCGGUAGCAGCCGGUUGCUGGCCAUUGAUUGGUCAUCUUUAUCUCUUCGGUGGUUCCACUAAGCCUCCUUACGAAACCUUAGGAGCCUUAGCAGAUAAAUAUGGAGCAAUAUUCAGCAUCCACAUCGGUUUGCACCCUGCUGUGGUGGUUAACACUUGGGAGCUUGCCAAAGAGUGUUUCACUACUCUUGAUCUCUUUGUCUCUUCUCGUCCCAAAUAUACCGCUACAAAAAUCUUGGGAUACGACUAUGCUAAUUUUGGGUUCUCCCCUUACGGGGAUUUCUGGCGUGAGAUGCAUAAGAUAACGGUUUCAGAGUUGCUCUCCUCUCGCCGGUUUGAACUGCUUCAUGAUAUAAGAGAUUCAGAGGUGCAGGGCUCGUUGAAAGAACUGUAUAGAGCGUCGGCGGAGAAAAUAGGUGGCUCUGGUGAUUUGUUGGUGGAGAUGAACCAGUGGUUUGGAGUCUCGAAUCUGAACGUGAUUCUGAGGAUGAUUGCAGGAAAGCGAUACACAAGUGGAAAUGAGCAACAGGUAAGGCGAUUGCAGGGGGUUCUCAGAGAGUUCCUCCGUUUGACGGGAUUAUUUGUGGUUGGGGACGCGAUUCCUGCUCUUGGGUGGCUUGAUUUUGGAGGCCAAGUGAAAGAGAUGAAGAAUACGGCUAUAGAAAUGGACAGCAUCGUUGGUGAAUGGUUAGAAGAACAUCGCCGGAAAAGAGAGUCCGGGGAGACUAAAACAGAACAAGACUUCAUUGAUGUGUUGCUGUCCGUCAUCCACCACGUCCAUCUUGCUGGUUAUGAUGCUGAAACUGUCAUAAAAGCCACUUGCUCAGCGCUAAUUGUUGGGGCUGCAGAUACUACGAUAUCUGCCAUGAUAUGGGGACUCUCGUUAUUGCUGAAUAAUCGGCAUGCUCUAAAGAAAGUUCAAGAUGAAUUGGAUGAGCACGUUGGCAAGGAAAGACUAGUGAAUGAUUCAGAUGUUAACAAAUUAGUUUACCUUCAAGCCGUAGUUAAAGAGACACUGCGAUUGUAUCCACCUGCGCCACUCUCAGGUCCACGCGAAUUCACGGAGGACUGUACCUUAGGUGGCUACCAUAUUCAAGCAAAUACCCGAUUAAUUUUGAACCUUUGGAAAUUGCAUAGGGACCCACGCGUAUGGUCAGAACCAUUAGAGUUUCGACCAGAAAGGUUUUUGGACACUCACAAGGGUGUGGACGUGAAGGGUCGGCAUUUUGAGCUUCUUCCCUUUGGUAGUGGAAGAAGGUCAUGCCCUGGCUUAUCAUUUGGCCUUCAAAUGACACACUUAGCAUUAGCAACUUUUUUGCAAGCAUUUGAGGUCACAACCCCGUCCAAUGCCCAAGUUGAUAUGAGCGCCACUUUUGGACUCACAAUCAUGAAAGCCACUCCACUUGAGGUUUUAAUCAAACCUCGUCUAUCGCAGUUGUUUCUCUUUAGGGGUUAAAGUUUAAGGAAAAUUCCCCUGCGUCAACCUGCGGUGUUUAUCCUAAUUUGAUGAGUGCUUCUAUAUUUUUAUCUUUAGUAAUGUAAUUUUCAUAUAUAUGUUUUUCACAAUAAUAAUUUCAUCUAGGAAGAGAUGAAAUACACACACACAUAUAUGAUCAGAAAGUAAAAAUAUAUUAUGAGAAACUGUUCUGAGAACUGUAUUAUUCUUUUACUCCGUCAUCAAUACUAUAUGAUUGGUAAGUGUUU